AUGAAGUUUGGUGAACAUUUAAGAAAAUCAUUGAUCAAGAAUUAUUCUUUUUAUUAUAUUGCUUAUGAUGAUUUAAAACAUCAAUUAAAAAAAGGACUUAAAGAUCAUGAUUAUCAAUGGAGUAAUCAAUUAGAAGAAGAUUUUUUAAAUGCUUUAGAAACUGAAUUGGAUAAAGUAUAUUCAUUCACUAAAGUCAAAAAUACUGAAGUUAAUAGAAGAAUUAAAACUCUGGAAAAAUAUGUUUAUGAAGUAGUUGAUACUUUACAACGAUAUCAAAAUAAUGAUCCACAAGUUCCAAAUCCACCUCAAGAACAAGAUUUUGAAGAUUUGGAAGAAGAAUUAAGUGAUAUUAUUGCUGAUGUUCAUGAUUUGGCUAAAUUCACUAGAUUAAAUUAUACUGGUUUCCAAAAAAUCAUUAAAAAACAUGAUAAAACUACUAGAUUCCAUUUAAAACCAGUCUUCCAAGUUAGAUUAAAUUCUAAAUGUUUCUACAAGGAUAAUUAUGAUAAUUUAAUUGUUAAAUUAUCUAAAUUAUAUGAUUUAGUUAGAACUAGAGGUAAUCCAAUUAAAGGUGAUUCUUCAGCUGGUGGUUCGCAACAAAAUUUCGUUAGACAAACUACUAAAUAUUGGGUUCAUCCUGAUAAUAUUACUGAAUUGAAAUUAGUCAUUUUAAAACAUUUACCCGUGUUAGUUUUUAAUGCUGAUAAAGAAUUCGAACCGGAAGAUUCUGCAAUUACUUCCAUUUACUUUGAUAAUAAAGAAAUGGAUCUUUAUUAUGGUAGAUUAAGAAAAGAUGAAGGUGCUGAAGCUAUUAGAUUAAGAUGGUAUGGUGGUAUGAAAUCUGAUCAAAUCUUUGUGGAAAGAAAAACUCAUAGAGAAGAUUGGACAGGUGAAAAAUCAGUCAAGGCAAGAUUUGCAUUAAAAGAAAAGAAAGUUAAUUCUUAUCUUAAAGGUGAUUUCACUCCUGCUCAAAUUUUCGAAAAGGCAAGAAAAGAAGGUAAGAAAUCACCUCAAGAAAUUGAUAAUUUAGAAAGAUUAGCUAAAGAAGUUCAAUAUCGUAUUUUAAAAGAAAAAUAUCGUCCAGUUAUGAGAUCUUUCUAUAAUAGAACUGCAUUCCAAUUACCAGGUGAUGCAAGAGUUAGAAUCUCUUUGGAUACUGAAUUAUCCAUGGUCAGAGAAGAUGAUUUUGAUGGAUAUGAUCGUACUCAUGGAAAUUGGAGAAGAAUGGAUAUUGGUAUUGAUUAUCCUUUUAGUCAAUUACCAGAAAAAGAUAUUUGUAGAUUCCCAUAUGCUGUUUUGGAAGUUAAAUUACAAACUCAAUUAGGUCAAGAACCUCCAAUUUGGAUUAGAGAAUUAGUUGCUUCUCAUUUAGUUGAAGCUGUUCCUAAGUUCUCCAAAUUUAUUCAUGGUGGUGCUAGCUUAUUAACUGAUUAUGUCAAUUUAUUACCAUUUUGGUUCCCACAAAUGGAUAUUGAUAUUAGAAAACCAAAGAUCCAACAUGAUGUCGGUAUUCAACGUCAUAAUCAUCGCAAUAUCAGAGGUGGAUCUUCAAGUUCAGGAAAUGAUUUAGAUGAGGAAGAAUUAACUGGUUCGUCAUAUACUGGAGUCCAUUUCUCAAAUGAUAUUAAUCCAUUGGAAGAAGAUUUAGAUGAAAGUACUCCAUUAUUAUUACCAAAUACUUAUUCUCAAAGGCAAACCCGUAGUCCAAUUAGAAACUUUAUGUAUCGUACCUAUGGAGCCUUUUUACAUUAUUUCAAUGAUGAUCGUACAUUUACUGUCAAACCAGGUACAAAUUGGGAUUUGAAUGAAACUUUUAAAGACAAAAUUCCAAAAGGUAAGACAAUUUCCGUCCCAGUUAGAAUCGAACCAAAAGUUUAUUUUGCCAAUGAAAGAACAUUUUUGAGUUGGUUAUCAAUUGGAAUGUUAUUAGGUUUUACAGCUAUGGCAUUGUUGAAUUAUGGUACUAAAUCGGCUUUGACUGCAAGUAUUGGGUUUUUCAUUACUGCUUUGUUUACGUUAAUUUAUGCAAUUUUUAAAUAUAUGUGGAGAGUAUUAAUGAUUAGAGAAAAGAAACCAGUUCAAUAUGCUGAUAUGUUUGGUGCUAAUAUGAUUUGUGGAUGUAUUUUCUUGGCUACUUUUGCUACUUUUAUAUUUAAGUUUGUUGAAAAUUAG